AUGGCCGGGACUGCCCCCGCCCCCGCCCCCGCGGGCGGGCCGCCAGAGCAGGCUCGCAAGGCUCGCAGCUGGCCCGGGGCCCGGACCUGGGAGGAGCCUGAGCUGGCGGCCAAGAAGCUCAGGAGCGAAGGGGAGCAGCCCCCCAAGCUGCCCAAGCGCAAGGUGGUGCUGCUCAUGGCCUACUCUGGCAAGGGCUACCAUGGCAUGCAGAGGAACUUGGGGUCCUCACAAUUCAAGACCAUCGAAGACGACUUGGUGUCAGCCCUGGUGAGGGCGGGCUGCAUCCCCGAGAACCACGGCGCGGACAUGAGGAAGAUGUCCUUCCAGCGGUGCGCGCGCACGGACAAGGGGGUGUCUGCGGCCGGCCAGGUGGUGUCCCUGAAGGUGUGGCUAGUUGAGGACAUCUUAGAGAAGAUCAACAGCCACCUCCCGUCUCACAUCCGGAUUCUGGGGCUGAGGAGGGUCACGGGCGGGUUUAACUCCAAGAACAAGUGCGACGCCAGGACCUACUUCUACAUGCUGCCCACCUUUGCCUUCGCCCACAAGGACCGCGACGUGCAGGACGAGACCUACCGGCUGAGCGCCGAGACGCUGCAGCGGGUGAACCGGCUGCUGGCCUGCUACAAGGGCACCCACAACUUCCACAACUUUACCUCGCAGAAGGGGCCCCGCGAGCCCAGCGCCCGGCGCUACAUCCUGGACAUGUUCUGUGAGGAGCCCUUCGUGCGUGAGGGCCUGGAGUUCGCCGUGAUCAAGGUGAAGGGGCAGAGCUUCAUGACGCACCAGAUCCGGAAGAUGGUGGGGCUGCUUGUGGCCAUCGUCAAGGGCUAUGCGCCCGAGAGCGCGCUGGAGCGCAGCUGGGGCGAGGCCAAGGUGGACGUGCCCAAGGCGCCGGGGCUGGGCCUGGUGCUGGAGCGGGUGCACUUCGAGAAGUACAACCAGCGCUUCGGCAAUGACGGGCUGCACGAGCCGCUGGACUGGGCGCGCGAGGAGGCGGGUGCGGCCGCCUUCAAGGAGCAGCACAUCUACCCCACCAUCGUGGGCACCGAGCGCCAGGAGCGCCUCAUGGCCCGCUGGCUCAGCACCCUGCCCGCGCAUGACUUCAGCGCCACAGCCCUGGCGGCGGCUGACCGGAGGCCCCAGCAGGCCCCCGAGCCCCCAGACGGCAGUGAAGGGGACAGAGACAGCGAUUGAGGGUGGCCACCCCUGGCCUGUGGCAGCCACCGGAGCCACCCCCACUGCUGUGGGCCGCCUUGCCACGAUGGGGGGGCCGAGACGUGGCCUUGGACCUCGGGUUUCCCUUUGAGAGUUGACCGGGGACAUCCUGCUGCAAAUCCGAUACCGGCUCACACAUGACGUGUUCACGCUCGGCUUGUCAAGAAGCUAUUUUUUUUAAAGGAGCAGUUUUCUUAAUAAAUACCAUUUAUUCCUUGCGCCUUGCUUUGGGGCGUUUC